GCGAGUGUUCAGGAUGAAACCAUGGGCCCUGUAUCUGACCGAGACUGCGGGUUUAGAAACUUUGCCCUUCAGGGGUCCAGGAUCUCCUCAUCGAAACCGCUGCAAGGCUCCAGCUGUGGGCUCACCUCGUAUACAAGAAUCGAUCGCGACGAUACGGCUAAUCGCGUUCUGCAGUGUCGACCUAGUGAUCAUUGGCGAUGUUGAGAAUUCUAAACGGGUUACUGAGGAUUCAAGAGACGGUGACCAGAAUCGAGGUGCCGCACAUCCAUGCAUGAGCUGGUGCAACCUGGAAGCUGAUGAUUAUUACCAAUCUUGUAGAAUUUAAGGUUUGUGUGUACGAUUUUGAGCCAGCGUAAAAUGCAGAAGGAUUGAUGGAAUGGAGAGAAUCAAGGCGGGAAAGAUAGGAAGGCAAAAACUGCAGGACAUGGCGAUUUUGAAGUUUCCGUUCGGCACACUUGACGUGCGGGGUCCUCAAUUGCUCACCGAUCAUCAGAUUGGAAGCGGCGUGGAUAUACACGUUCAGGUGCCUGAAAUGAAACAAAUGGUCCUUUUAUCUAAAGCAAGUCCCACGGGCAGGGGAGACUGGAGGACACAACGGAAGUCCAAGUCCAUGAAUCUGGAAGCAAUUCUGCAGUUGCCAACAAAAACUCUGGAAAGAAAUCUUCGACGUAUAGGCCAGGAUCUGAGCAAUGCUUUCUCGAACUUGCGGGAGCAGCAAUCGAGUCCUUCGCAAGUCUUGAAGCUCACUGUAUAUCUGUGCAUGAAGAAGUACUUCGUCAUGCCGAAGUCGGUGGAAGAGAGUGCGCUUAUCAUAAGAAAUUUUCACAAGGAUGAAUUCCUUCUCAAGGCCGUCUCAGUGGAGCUUCCAGAUAAGUCCGCGGUGUAUUUCCCGUGCAACUCGUGUGUUUACAACACAAACCAUUACGACACCGACCGCGUGUUCUUCAGCACUAAGAUGCACUUACCACAAGAUACCCCCACCGGAUUGAAGAAGUUGCGGAACCAAGAGCUGAUCAAUAUGCGAGGCAACGGGUCAGGAUUGCGGAAGGAAGCAGACCGCAUAUACGACUAUGCCGUAUACAACGACUUGGGAGACAGUGACCAGCACGAGAGCUUGGAGCGUCCUGUUCUCGGCGGAAACGACGAAUUUCCGUAUCCAAAACGCAUUCGCACUGGACGACCUGAGAUUGAUCCGAUGGCGGAGCACCGUGGUGAGAUGUAUGCGAAGUUUUACAUCCCGAGGGAUGAGCGGGUAACUUUGGUACACACUCCGGGCUUGGUGCAGAAGGAUGCUAUUGAAGAGGCCUCGAGGAAAAUGAUGCCGGCUUUAUACGCAUUGUACUCCACUCAGGUGGAAUUCCAAAGCCUUGACCAAGUAUUUGACUUAUUCAAGAAGGGUGGAUCAAUGUCCAGUGCCGAUUCCAAAUGCGCACCCAAGUGUGCGCCGAGUGAGGCGGAAGCAGUCAUCAAAUUGCGACCCCCGAAAGUUAUUGCAGCUUCUGAGAAUGCGUGGAUGCUUGAUGAGGAAUUCGCGCGUCAGGUGCUGGCCGGAGUCAAUCCAGUGGCAAUUGAGCGCGUAAGGGAAUUUCCCAUUCGAAGCGCACUUGAUACCACAUCAUAUGGAAGUUCCUUGUCAGCGAUAACAGCAAGUCACAUCGAACCAUAUCUAGAAGGGCUAGACUUGCAGACGACAAUCGCUGAACAGAAGCUCUUCAUUCUUGACUACCAUGACCUUUAUCUACCAUUUGUUGACAAAAUCAAUCAAUGCCCGACUUCGAAGGCAUACGCCACCCGAACUCUCUUUUACUUGCGAAGGGAUGGCACAUUGAUUCCUAUUGCCAUUGAGCUAAGCCUCCCACCAUGUGAAGGAGAAAACCAGUCUAGCAUGAAUCGUGUCGUGACUCCACCCCCCUUGAACACGAAGAACUGGACAUGGGAACUUGCAAAGACCCAUGUGAUGUCGAAUGACGCUGGCUAUCACCAACUAAUAAGCCACUGGUUACGUUCGCACGCCACCAUGGAACCUGUGAUCAUUGCGACACACAGGCAGCUUAGUUCACUUCAUCCCGUGCACCAAGCUCUGGUACCACACUUCAAGAACACAAUGGACAUCAACGCUGCGGCACGAAAAGCGCUCGUUAACGCGGGUGGCAUCAUCGAGAAGACUUUCACUCCGCAUGAAAUCUCUAUGCAGAUGAGUUCCACUUGGUACAAGCAUUUCUGGCGCUUUGACGAACAGGCACUGCCUGCGGAUUUACUCAAGAGAGGGAUGGCUAUUCCAGAUGACAGCAAAGAGCAAGGAAUAAGGCUGACAAUUGAAGACUACCCGUUCGCUGCGGACGGGCUAGAGCUCUGGGGUGCAAUCCAGACAUGGCUCUCGGACUACGUAGAAGUGUUCUACAAGGACAACACAAGUGUUCGCAACGACGAGGAGCUUCGAAAGUGGUGGACUGAAAUUCGAACCGUGGGUCAUGGCGACAAAAAGGACGCCGACGGGUGGCCAUUGUUGGAUUCAAAGAGAUCCUUGGUCCACAUUUUGAACAUCAUAAUGUGGAUUGCUUCUUGCUAUCACGCAGCGGUGAAUUUUGGCCAAUACGAAUAUGCCGGUUUCAUGCCCAACCAUCCAACGAUGACCCGGAAGCUGAUUCCAGACGAAGGGACAGCUGAAUUCGAAGAGUUCCGAAACGAUCCCGAAUCAUUCUAUAUGUCAAUGAUCUCUAAUGAGACCCAAGCAGCCGUGAUCGCUAUCACAACAGAGGCACUUUCUACUCAUGCAAUCCACGAGGAGUAUCUUGGCCAAGGGCCCUCUCCAAAUUGGACCAGUGAAGACAGGGUGCUCGCAGCUUUCAGCAGAUUUCAAAAGAGGGUCAGGAAGAUCGAAAAGAUGAUUGCAAAGAGGAAUCAAGAGAAGAGAUUGAAGCACCGUCACGGUCCUGCUCAAGUUCCUUACGAGCUCCUGCACCCCUCCUCUGAACCAGGUUUAACAGGAAAGGGUGUACCCAACAGCACUUCUAUCUAACGAAAACGCUCCUCAUGAAAUCCUAGUCCAUUUUUGUACAGAAUAAAAUUAGUAGCAGCUUUGGUUACAAGUAUCACAUGAUGAUGAGACCAUGGUUUUGGAGUUUGCCAGAUUUGCCUGUACGUGAUCACCACACAGCACUCGUAUGGUUGGCCUAAUUAGCCUAAGUUGACAGCACCCAAAUUUCUAGGAGGCGGUCCCUGUCUUUCCCACAUCGUAGUAGCUAGCAAGUCUUCCCUUUAAACUGAGUAGACCAUGUUCCAAUUCUUCCCUGAAUUUAUCCAAGCUUUGAAAUGCAAAUGUUUCGACCCUAAGAAAAGUCAGACUCGUGUGUUCAACUUACUCCAUCCUCACACCCACAUGGAACGUUGGAGACAGAAGUCAUUUUCAUGACACCGUCUUCAUGGCUCGAAGUUCGAUCGAGGAGCUCAAUCAGGAGGCAAUCCAACAAUCGGCUUUACAAGUUCGUUAUCGUUUAAUCAGUUUUCGCAACCACCAGUAAUUGCACCAGAUCUCAAGUCGACGUUUUGAUAGAAUGUUCGCUUGGAAGCGCCGAACAAAUAUCGAACUCUGAUUCCCUACCAUGCCACAAUAGCACCAAAAUUCAUAUGUUGCCUCUGUAACAAGUAUAAUUAUAACAAUUUGAG